GAGCGCACAAAGGAGGAGGAAGACACCAAAGGAGGAGGAUGACUGCGCAAUCCCCGCCCACCGGCUUUGGAUCCUUCCUUCCUUUACGUUAAGUAAAGAGGAAAAGGGACGAGAGAAGAGGAUCAGAAACAAGCGAGAGAGAAAAAGCCAAGGAAGGAAGGGAGCGAGACAGCCAGCCAGCCAGCCACAGCAAAACCACCAUGGCAUUAUCCACAGCGUCUCCGCUCUUGAUCGCGUCCGAGCACCGCACACCUCAACCCGGGUCGACCACGGCACGGAGCCCGCAGGCGUACGGCGAAACGCGGCUGAGUCCGGAUGAAUGAGCAGCGGGCAACCAUGAGGGUUAUCUUCAUCCAAAACGCCGGUUUCGUCGCAGCUUUCUCGCCUUGUCGAUGUGAGUCAGUGAUGUUGGCAGCGUUCAGGAGCACAGAAGAUGCGAGCGAGCCCCAAAUGACACACGGACAGACCUUACUAGUCGAUUGAGGAGUAGCCUAUGUGAUAUAUUUAUUAUUAGAGGCGCAUUAUAGACUAUAUAUCAUCUUAAAGUCGAAUGAUCGACUGAAUUUAAUAUAAUACCUUAUUAUUACGCAAUUAAUAUUCUUUUUAAUGAAAUAAACGCCAUUUUUUUGUAGACUUUUGUAUGCUAAGUAGAUGGUUAGGACGUUAACAUGACAGUGAUCGUUUUUUAAGACAAUCUGGAAAUCUUUGCUUCCACGUGGACGAAUAUGACAAGUAGCUUGUUCGUUAUUUCUUGUAAUUUAUUUAUUUAUGACUAUUAUUAGGCCUAUAAGUAUUACUGUAUAUUAAUUUCUUAUUGCGAGCUAGCGUCUGAUUUAUAAUAAGACGCGCGUUAGAUGAGUGAGAUGGAGACCGCCUACCUGACGCCCCGCCGGGGAGCGAGUCGCUCCGAGCCCUCCAGGGGCCAAAGUUGUGGGGGUCCGUCACCGCUGCCCAACGGACGCUCCCCCGAGGAGACCCCGACGGGCGGCGAUGGCGGCAGGAGGAACCCUGGCGUGAAGAAACACCACCACAAGCACAACCUGAAGCACCGCUACGAGCUGCUGGAGACGCUGGGGAGAGGCACGUACGGCAAAGUCAAGAAGGCCAUUGAACGCCAUUCUGGCAGAGAGGUGGCGAUCAAGUCUAUUCGGAAGGAGAAAAUCAAGGACGAGCAGGACAUGGUUCACAUCCGUCGUGAGAUUGAGAUCAUGUCAUCGCUCCGCCACCCGCACAUCAUCUCCAUAUACGAAGUGUUUGAGAACAAAGACAAGAUCGUGAUCGUCAUGGAGUACGCCAGCAAGGGCGAGCUGUACGACUACAUCAGCGAGCGGCGGCGCCUGAGCGAGCGGGAGACGCGACACUUCUUUCGGCAGAUUGUCUCCGCCGUGCAUCAUUGCCACAAGAAUGGAGUGGUGCACAGGGAUUUGAAACUGGAAAACGUGCUACUGGAUGAAAACUGUAAUAUUAAGAUUGCUGACUUCGGCCUAUCCAACCUCUACCACAAAGACAAGCUGCUGCAAACGUUUUGCGGCAGCCCGCUCUACGCUUCGCCCGAGAUCGUCAACGGGAGGCCGUACCGCGGGCCGGAGGUGAGCGCCAAUGACGCCGACUCUCAAGUGGACAGCUGGGCGCUGGGGGUGCUGUUGUACACGCUGGUGUACGGAACCAUGCCAUUCGACGGGGGCGACCACAAGAACCUCAUUCGCCAGAUUAGCAACGGCGACUACAAAGAGCCCACGCAAUCGUCAGAUGCUCGGGGAUUGAUCCGUUGGAUGCUAAUGGUGAACCCCGAGCGCCGAGCCACCGUGGAAGAUAUUGCCAAUCACUGGUGGGUCAACUGGGGCUGGAAGAACAGCGUGUGCGACUGCGACGCCCAGCGGGACCGCGGCGGCUCGCCCAUGCUGGCCCGCUUCAUCGACUGGCAGAACCGCACUGAGCCACGCGGUCCGGCCGCCUUGCCCCAGCUACUGCGCCAGAGGCCCAAAAAGUCUAAGAAAGAAGAAGGCGGACAGGCGGACGGUGGCGGCGAAGACAAACCGGGACUGAAGAGACCCAAAGGCAUCUUGAAGACCAGAGCGGCGGGCGAGCAGCAGUCGGUCGGCGCCGAGGAGGGCCGGACGUCCGGGCCUGAGCAAGCGCAAGGCGGCGGCGAGGCCUCCAGUCCAGAUCGGGAAGAAGAAGAGACGCCUUUUGGGGGAGGCUCGCCGGCAAAGAUGGUGCCCACCCUGCCCAAAAAAGGCAUCUUGAAGAACAACCAGCAGCGGGAAUCAGGGUACUACUCUUCGCCCGAGCGCAGCGAGUCGUCGGAGCUCCUGGGCGGAGCCAGCAUGACUCUGCUCGCCACCUCGCCACCCAAGAGAGCCAUGGGAAGAAAGGGCAUUUUGAAACGGAACGGCAAGUACUCCACCUACAGCGGCCCCCCCUCGGCGGCGGCCCUGGCGGCCGGAGGAGCCCUCGGCGAGCCCCCUUCCGCCGCCGACUCGGGCCUGUCGCGAAGUCAGAGUCGGCCGUCCAGCAUGGUCGGGGAAGACGGCGGCUCGGUCAAGUCGGCAGAGUGGCACCCCUCCACGCCGCACCUGCGCCCCAACAUCAGAGCGUGCGUGUCGGCCGAGAACCUGCUGCACCUGGCCAACUUCGCUAGCUUCCAACCGCCGCCCGCCGCGCUCCAAGGCCCCAAGUUCGGCCGCGGCCCCAGAAGCAAAGGCUCCCCGCAGGACAAUGGCAGCUUCUCGUUGCUGGGGGACCUGGAGGACAUGACUCAGGUGUACCAGCAAGCCCUGGACAUCAGCAGCAACCUCACCUAACACACGGGACAGGAAGCAGAACUCCUUCUGUGUGUGCGUGUGUGAGCGCGUGUGUGUUUUCGAGGCAUUAACGACCGGUGUGUUACUGGGAUAAAAAAUUGGAGCGGUUAUCCAAACAGGGCUGAAAUCUCGAGGGAAUUGUUAGGCCAACACACACACGCGCUCACACACUCAUAAGCGUACUUCGGAAGCGUAUUGGCGGCGUCAAAAAAAAGGCUCAGUAUCAUGAAACGACGUGAAAAAUAUGGAACGUUUACUUGAAAUUUGUAUAACAGUCUUUUCACAUUCUCACGGGAACUUAUCAUGCAUUUGAUAUUUUUUAUUUCUGCUGCCGCAAUGGCUCCACCCAUUUCAAAACACUCACUUUUUUCAAUAACCCUAGAAAAAUAAGGUUAACUCAUUCACUGCCAGCCCGGUGUCGGUUUUUGACGUCUAUUCUCGUCAAUGGCACUUAACGCGUGGAAUUUCAACGAAUUACCAAAAUAAGUCAUUCUUGCUUCAUCCAUCUCGAAAUGAUUGGAUAUGUUCACUUUUUCAUGCGAAAAGACUGUUUUAGUUGGUGUUGUCGCAAUACGCUGCCGUUGAGUACACACACUCAAGUGCACUUCUCAGGCCAGUGGAAUAUCCGUCAGGGCUUUUGUGAACAAUCUUGACAUACGCACACAAACACAUACACACUUACACAACGCCACCCAAGUGUGUUUCUCAGCUCCCGGUCCCCUGUCCACUUUGCUGCGUUUACACACUCGACAAGAAGCGCAGACCCCACAAAAGAAAAAAAAAAAAUCUCCGUCGUCCGUUUACAAAAGCACCUUAAAGAACUCACACAGAGCACAAAGGCUUUUUUAUGAUGGCUUUUUGGAAGACGGGAUUACAAACAAACCAGGGUCUUAUUCCAAAAGGUUUUAUUUAUUAAUAUUUGCGUCGCUCUUUCUUUUUUUUGUUGUUGUCGUCGUGCAAAACUUGACGGGCUGUUUGCUAUUACUGGAGUCCAAACUCUUUAUUGUUUUUGUUAAGGAUACAACCGACACUAUAACUGUCAGGUGCCGAUUACAAUGGCACUCAGAAAAGGAAAUGUCAUUUGGAUCCAGGUGGAACGAUACCUGCACAUGACAGUUGAUGGGGAAUAUGGAGGAAGUGCCUUUUUUUUAAAACGUACAAUACAAGAUUCGAUUUGUCAUGGCUGCCCCCUACAGGCCUGGAGGUGUACACAACCACCAUUUAUUUGUGUUGUUUUCUUUGUGAGCCAGUUUUGUUUUUUUCCAAAGACUUUGUAAUUGUCAGAUUGGGUUUUACCCAAAGCGUCAUCGGUAGAGUUAAACCAGGGGUGUGUUUAUCAGCAAUUUUAUUUUCAUAACUUGCCGAACAAGGCCCGCCCCCUCAGCUAAACUGCCAGGUGUUUGUUUGUGUUUUUAAACCCGUUGCUGACUAAACCAAAUGUCGGGGCCCCGCCAGGCAGAGAUGGGUGUGCGGCCCUCGAGGGUCGGCCAUGUCAAGCGAGCGCAAUUAGCCGGCUAUUGUUUGACAGAAAGUUGAUUUGAGGGAAGAGAGGAAAGUGAAAAGAGGAAUUUAGUGGGAUCUGGUUUGUGUAGAAGGACUUGUGAAGUAGAUUGAAAUAGAUUAGAAAAAGUCAGAAGGUAGAUGUUCUCCAACCAAAGAUGCGAGCAAGAUAAUUUACGGGGCGAGGGAGUUGCAAGGACCCUCUGGGAAUCCCCCGGCGUAUGAAAUCAUCUCAGCAUUGGCGUUAGCUUACGUUCUGUUGUGUUUACGAAACCCCCACCCACCCCGCCCUCACCCGAAGGCUGCCGAUAGAGCUUUAAAACUACAAAUGGUUGACGUUUGAUUGACAGCGUACCUAAAAGGUUUGGGAAGGCGUGACUGGAAAAAAGGUGUUGAAUAAAUGUUGCUGGUGUCAAGGAUGGCUCCUCUGGUGCCCCCCCCCCCACCCCCAAAAAAACAUCAGACACAUUGCGUGUUGUAUUGCAUUCUAUUGCCUUGUUUUUUUUAUUGUUAACUGGAUUUACAGUGAUCAGAUUAUACUAUGUUAGUAUUUUACGUUUAUUAUGCUUCUGUUUUUGAUUUUACAAAAUAUAAGAACUUUUUUCUUUUUUCAUAGCAAGGCUGGGAAAGAGUUUUUAAUUUUGGUCGAUUUGGUCACAGUUUUCCUCUCUUUGUGUUGGUUCACUAACACCUUGAAUAAACCAAAAAAAAAAAAAAAGGAAAUAUCAAAAUGUAUUUACCAAAGCGCACGUGUCCAAAA